ACAUAUCUAUUGGACGCCAUCGCGACUAACUAUAUUAUAACUUCGUUUCACUGAUUUAUCUUUACUCUAAUAUCACUGUUUUGUUCACAAUUAUUUGUGCAUUGUUAUGUAGAGACAACACAAACGUAAUUAAUUUGGAAAUAUUUCAUUAAAAAAGGAUCUAAUAUCUACAACCAACAUAUUUCGUAAAAGUAUCAUUUAAGGCAGCCUUCAACAUGAAUUCCAACAWUCCAAAACUGUUAGCAACAUCAAGCAAAAUUCAAAUUAAGCAACAUGUGCCCAUUGGCUCAAUUAGGAAGGGUCCUCACGCUAUAGAACGCAGUUUAGUUCCAGACGAAGUUGUUAUUAAGCGUAGAUUCGGUGAAGGUUCAAAGCCUUUGUUUCAAAGAGAUGAUAUCGUAGUGAAUCCGGACARUGCUGUAAAUACCGCUGAAGAUAAAAGCGGAAAGCAAAGCAGCACAGAGGAUAUUUCAAAUCGAUGGCGAAAAGAGCGCCACAUUUCGACUGAUUCCAGUAGUCCAGAGCGUUAUCGAAAAUAUCACAACAACCAAAAGAAAGAUAGUGAAAUCGAACCCAGCGAUAAAACCAUUCGACGCACGAAAACGACGAAACCUGUUAAUGAUGACAAAUAUGCAGCUCGACGUGACGCAUCACCACCACCAAAUCGUCGUCGAAAAACCCCUGAAAAAAUUCCAUAUUUUGUAGACCAAGUAAGGGAGCGAGACAGAAUUCGUCGUAAGUAUGGAUCGACAAGAAAUAAAUCGCCUCCAGCAUCAUCUAAAUUACGACGCAGGCGUAGUAUUUCAAGGUCACGCUCACGAUCUCACUCUCGAGAUUCAUUGAAAACUAAACAACGUUCACCAGCUCGUCGAACUAAUUUUCGUCGCCGGUCAAUUUCAAUGGAUCGUGAAUGGGGUGACAAUAGUAAGCGGGCACGGGAAAGAGAAAAAUCACGUGCAGAUAAGGAUUUCCAUGGGUCAACGAGGCACUACCGACAUAGAUCAGAUGAUCGCGCGAAAAAUGUGCGCAGAUCCCGAAGUUCUCGGACACAUUCAAGAUCACGCACUCGUUCGCGUGAACGUUCGUCGCGCAUAGCUACGCAAAAUAGCGAACACCAUAAAUAUCGUUAUAAUGAGAAUGAAGAACAGAAUGGGAAUGGCGAAAGAAAUCUGUCGCAACCGCAAAUCAUAACCAUACCCGURCCGGUUCCAGCUGAUUUUAUGAAUUAUGGUUAUCCAACCUGGCCAACUCAAACACAGUGGGCACCUCAGUCAUCACGCUAUGCAACUCCCACUUAUCCUAUGCCUACUUUCGUGCCUGCUGUUUUACCACCAUUGCGACACCCAAUGCCACCUUAUGGAUUACCUCCACAACCAAUACGUUACGGUGGACCUGGUUAUAGAUUACCUGCACAAUUUGGUGCAACACGCCAUUGGCGACCCAAUUUUCGAUCAAAAAAUACAUAAUUUAUGUGUAAUACGCAGAUUAAAAUUGGAUACAAUAUAGRUACAUAUAUCAAGCGUAAGAAUUAUAUGAUUUUACUCUUUUGUGUUUAUUGUACCACAUUUGGUAGUUGUAGUUAAAAUUUAAUAACUUCUCGUGUGUAAUUGCAUAUAUGUAAAUAU